AUGGAGUGGGAGCUCAACUUCCUGCUCUACCUGGCGCUCUUCUUCUUCCUGCUCUGCCUGCUCUGCCUCCUGCUCUUCUUGCUCCUCAAGCAGCUGCAGAGCUCUGUGGCCGGCGCCACUGGGGCGCUGCAGCCCGGGCGCCUCUCGCUGCGCCGGGAGCCCUGGAGCUUGUCCCGCGAGCAGCAAGUGUGA